AUGGAUUUGCCUACACUCGACUUUUCCUUGUUCACGCAAGGCUCAAUACAGGAGAGGAAGAAUGUUGCAAGGUCUCUUGUGUCGAGCUUCAAGAAUCAUGGAUUUGUCAAACUUACCAACCAUGGCCUCCCCGAAGACAUCGUCAAGGCAUACAUGAAGGCAGCCGUCGAUUUCUUCGCGCUGCCGACAGACGUAAAGAUGAAGAUAUCCAACCCUCGUGGUCCGAACCCGCAACGCGGAUUCAGUUGGGUCGGUGCAGAACAGACGUCUAAGCUGAGGCCCGAAAACCUGAACGGCCAAAAAUCAUGGGAUGAAUUGAUGGACGCCCGAGAGCACUUCGACGCCGGCCCGCCAGGCGACAAAGAAUUCCCUAACAAGUGGCCCUCCGACAAAGAACUGCCAGGUUUUCAGCAACUCAUGGAAGGUUGCUAUACCAAGUUUCAAGAUAUCUGCCUCAAACUAAUGAGGGCAAUGGAGGUUGGUCUCGACCUUCCAGCUGACACGCUCGUGCAGAGGUGCCAGCCAGCAUCAAGCGAGCUUCGUCUCAAUCAUUAUCCGCCGACCGACUUGCGCCAAUUGGCCGAAGGCAAGGUCAAGCGAACCUGGCCGCACACAGACUUUGGGAUUAUCACACUGCUAUUCCAGGACUCGGUCGGCGGCCUGGAGCUAGAAGAUCGUUCCAAGCCCGGCACCUUUGCGCCUGUCCUGCCUGGCAAUCCUGACGGCCCGACAGAAAUGGUGGUGAACAUCAGUGACACCUUCCAGCGAUGGACCAACAAGGCUAUUAUGGCUGGGGUUCACCAGGUCUCUGUGCCACCGACAAUGAAAGGACGCACCGAAGGCUUCUGCCCUGAGCGCUACUCAGGCAUCUUCUUUUUCAAGGCGCAUCGUGAUACAUCGGCAGGUCCGCUGCCUCACUUUGUCACGGAAAAGAGACCGGCGGCAUACGAUGAGAUCACGGCGCUUCAGUACCAACAGCGAAUGACAAAGGUGCUGUACUAG